GCAGAUCGUCGCGGAGCCGCGGGAGGAGGAGGAGGCCGGGGCCGCGGGCGAGCCUGCGCUGGGCCGGCCGAGGGAAGCGCGCCGCCGGGGCCGGGGGCGGCGGGGACUCCACGGGAGCGCGCGCGCGGCGGGGACCCCAGGGGCUUGCGGGCGGCAGGGGGAGGCUCGGCGGACAAAGGGGCGGAGGGCGGAGGGCGGAGGGCCAUGGCGUCCCCGGCCCCCGCCGCCGCCCGCCCCCGCGCCGCGCCGCCCGCCGUCCCGGCCCGCCCCAGAGCCCCCGAGAUGCGCCCCGGAGCCCGCGGAACCGCCGCUCGCGGGGAGGUGACCUGGAGCUCCCCUCGGUGCUGACAUGAUGACAGUGUGCAGGCCGGCCAAGGGCAGCCACAGCCAGACUGAAAACCUGAGCUACACACUGGCUGACAAGGUCAAGGUGGAAGGUCCAAGGACUGAGAAAGACCCUCGAAGGCAUCCACUUCAGUUCUCCAUUCCUUUCCUAGAGACUGAUCAGGAGUUGGGCUUCAGAAGGCGCCCCCUGGAAGGUCUUCGCAGCCUCCCGCUAGAGUCAAGAAUGGACAUGUUCAACUUGGAUAUGAUCAUCAGUGACCCAGCUGCAGAAGCCAGCAGGGCUGGGAAGAAGCAGCUCAGAGGCGUUCAGAACCCCUGCCCAUCUGCCAGAGCCGGACCCCGGCAUAAGCCCCUUAACAUAAAGGACAAGAUAUCAGAAUGGGAGGGAAAGAAAGAGGUGCCCACUCCUGCACCCAGCAGGAGAGCAGACAGACAGGAGGAUUAUCUGCCGUCCUGUCUGGUGGAGAGGAGGAGAAGUAGUGAUGGGGUGAGAACUCAGGUCACAGAGACUAAGAAUGGAAUGAAGCCAGAAACAGAGAGCACAGAGAAGGAGAGAAAUAAAGGAGCAGUGAAAGUCGGGGGACAGGACCCAGAGCCUGGGCAAGACCUGCGCCAGCCAGACCGGGAAGUGGAUUCUAGCUGGGGCCGAGGCCGAGAGCCAAGACUUGGCAAGCUACGCUUUCAGAAUGAUCACCUCUCAGUGCUGAAGCAGGUCAAGAAACUCGAGCAGGCUUUGAAGGACGGGUCGGCAGGGCUGGAUCCCCAGUUGCCAGGGACCUGUUAUUCCCCACACUGCCCACCUGACAAGGCAGAGGCGGGGCCCACCCUUCCUGAGAACCUGGUAGGCGGGAAUGGCUCAGAAGUUAGCCAGAGGGUCCACUUCUUGGACCUGGAAGGCAGGGAGCCUGCCCCCGAGGCUGUGGAGGACAGGAAAGGUUCAUGCAGAAAGCCCUGGGACCGGAGCCUUGAGAAUGUGUACAGGGGCUGGGAGGGCUCCCUCACAAAGCCCUUCAUCAACCCCCCGCCAAAACCCCGGAGAACGUUCAAACAUGCUGGAGAAGGGGACAAAGAGGGGAAGCCUGGCAUUGGCUUCAGGAAAGAGAAAAGAAACCUGCCUCCUCUGCCCUCUCUACCUCCCCCACCUCUGCCCUCCUCUCCCCCACCUUCCUCUGUGAACAGAAGACUGUGGACUGGGAGACAGAAAUCCAGUGCAGACCACAGAAAGUCCUAUGAGUUUGAAGACUUACUGCAGUCUUCCUCCGAGAGCAGCAGGGUAGACUGGUAUGCGCAGACUAAGCUGGGGCUGACACGCACUUUAUCGGAGGAGAACGUCUAUGAAGACAUUCUAGAUCCGCCAAUGAAGGAGAACCCUUAUGAGGACAUCGAGUUACAUGGUCGCUGCCUGGGGAAGAAGUGUGUCUUGAACUUUCCUGCAUCUCCCACCUCUUCCAUCCCUGACACAACCACCAAGCAGUCAUUGUCCAAAUCUGCUUUUUUCCGACAAAAUUCAGAGAGGAGGAACUUCAAGCUGCUGGACACUAGGAAGCUGAGUCGGGAUGGAACCGGGUCCCCUUCCAAAAUCAGUCCCCCCUCCACUCCCAGCAGCCCUGAUGACACUUUCUUUAACCUUGGAGACCCCCAGAACGGCAGGAAGAAGAGAAAGAUACCUAAGCUGGUGUUGCGAAUCAACGCCAUUUAUGAGGCCCGGAGAGGAAAGAAACGGGUGAAGAGGCUGUCCCAGUCAAUGGAGAGCAACUCAGGAAAAGUGACAGAUGAGAACAGUGAGUCUGACAGUGACACAGAGGAGAAGCUGAAAGCUCACAGCCAGCGCCUGGUCAAUGUGAAGUCCCGCUUGAAGCAGGCACCUCGGUACCCAUCACUUGCCCGGGAGCUCAUCGAGUACCAGGAGAGGCAGCUCUUCGAGUACUUUGUGGUUGUGUCUUUGCACAAGAAGCAGGCUGGGGCUGCCUACGUGCCAGAACUCACCCAACAGUUCCCUCUGAAGUUGGAAAGGUCUUUCAAGUUCAUGAGAGAGGCUGAGGACCAAUUGAAAGCCAUUCCCCAGUUCUGUUUCCCCGAUGCCAAGGAUUGGGUUCCUGUCCAGCAGUUCACCAGUGAAACAUUCUCAUUUGUCUUAACUGGAGAAGAUGGGAGCAGAAGGUUCGGUUAUUGCCGAAGACUACUGCCUGGAGGCAAAGGCAAGCGCCUUCCUGAAGUUUACUGCAUCGUCAGCCGCCUGGGAUGCUUCAGCCUCUUUUCAAAGAUCUUAGAUGAGGUGGAGAAAAGACGAGGAAUCUCUCCUGCCCUGGUUCAGCCACUCAUGAGAAGUGUCAUGGAAGCCCCUUUCCCAGCCCUGGGCAAAACCAUCCUUGUCAAGAACUUCCUGCCAGGUUCAGGAACUGAGGUGAUUGAACUGUGCCGCCCGCUGGACUCCCGGCUCGAGCACGUGGACUUUGAGUCUCUCUUCUCCUCUCUCAGCGUCCGCCACCUGGUCUGUGUCUUUGCCUCACUGCUUCUGGAGAGGAGGGUCAUCUUCAUUGCAGACAAGCUCAGCACCCUGUCCAAAUGCUGCCACGCGAUGGUGGCGCUGAUCUACCCCUUCACCUGGCAGCACACCUACAUCCCGGUGCUGCCGCCCGCCAUGGUGGACAUCGUGUGCUCGCCGACACCCUUCCUCAUCGGGCUGCUCUCCAGCUCACUGCCGCUGCUCAGGGAGCUGCCGCUAGAAGAGGUCCUUGUGGUUGACCUCGUCAAUAGCCGGUUCCUCAGACAGAUGGAUGAUGAGGACUCCAUCCUGCCCCGGAAGCUUCAGGUGGCCCUGGAACGCAUUCUGGAACAGAGGAACGAGCUGGCCUGUGAGCAGGAUGAAGGGCCCCUGGAAGGCAGGCACGGUCCAGAGUCCAGCCCCUUGAAUGAGGUAGUGUCUGAAGCCUUUGUCCGCUUCUUCGUGGAGAUUGUGGGACACUACUCCUUGUUCCUGACAUUGGGCGAGCGCGAGGAGAGAACCCUGCAGCGGGAUGCCUUCCGCAAAGCUGUCUCCUCCAAGAGUCUCCGCCGCUUCCUAGAGGUCUUCAUGGAGACUCAGAUGUUCCGAGGCUUCAUCCAGGAGCGGGAGCUGCGCCGGCAGGAUGUCAAAGGUCUGUUUGAGGUCCGAGCCCAAGAGUAUCUGGAAACCCUCCCCAGUGGCGAGCACAGCGGCGUCAAUAAGUUCCUGAAGGGACUAGGCAAUAAAAUGAAAUUUCUCCACAAGAAAUAACUCUCAGCUCAACCUCAAGGGAAAACUUCCUCCUUGUGCGGCCACAUGCUUUAAAAACAGUUCCUGGUGGCCUUCCUGCAAGGCUGGGUCCCAGGUUGUCUCGGUGCCGAGCUGGAGGCCAUGGUGGCUUCCGGCCGAGAAUGGGCUCUCCCCAGGAUGAGGGCCUGGGAGCUGCCGGGAGGACAGCCCUGGAAAGGGAGCCUGAGACCAGGCGUGUCGCUGACAUGCAAAUGGAUUGUUUUGGUGGUUGGGUUUUUUUAUCUUAGAUAUUAAAAGUAAG